UUGAUAAGUAUUUCUCGAUUUAUAAUUCUCAUUAUCUUAAUAUUUCAGAAAGUUUAUCCCCGGCCUCAAUUACAAGAACGCAAAAGUGAUAGAGAAUGCAAGAAGAAAUGUGCGAAAAAUCAAGUUAAAAAUUAAUUCGAGAAGGAAUGAACGUUCAAGUUAAGGAUCAAUUCAAGAAACACAUUUUUUAACACACUUUAUACGGCAAUCUCUCGUGCAACAGGAACGCAAAAGUGAUAGAGAAUGCAAGAAGGGAAUGAACGUUCAAUUCAAGAAACAAUUCAAGAAACAUUUUUAGCACAAUUCUUUAUACAAAAAUCCUUUGUGCAACAGAAAGUUUAUCCCAAGCGUCAAUUACAGGAACGCAAAGAUGAUACAGAAUGCAAAAAGGAAUGAACGUUCAAUUCAAGAAUCAAUUCAAGAAACAUUUUUAGCACACUUCUUUAUUCAGCAAUUCUUUGUGCAACAGAAGGAUGCCUGAAUCUCGCGGUAUGUCACAUGCCGAUCUUGCUCAAUCAUUUUACGCACAGCAUCAAUAUUAGUGGCAACAACAGACGUGGAUGGACGAUCUUCACGAAAUUCGUCACUAAGAAAGAAAGUUUAUCUUAGACCUCAAUUACAGAAACGCAAAAGUGAUAGAGAAUGCAAGAAGGAAUGAACGUUCAAUUCAAGAAUCAAUUCAAGAAACAUUUUUAGCACAAUUCUUUAUACAGCAAUUCUUCUUGCAACAGAAAGUUUAUCCCAGGCCUCAAUUACAGGAACGCAAAAGUGAUAGAGAAUGCAAGAAGGAAUGAGCGUUCAAGUUAAGAAUUAAUUCAAGAAACACACUUUUUUGCACACUUGAUUCUUCAUACGGCAAUCUUUUGUGCAACAGGUGUGCGAUAUAAUCUUGAUUCAUGGACGAAAUAUGGACAAAAUAUCAACUGGAAAGACAAAUUUUAAGAUUGCCGCAUUGGGAGCAACGCGCGUCACCGCGCGUACAAGUACACCUCUCUUGACACGCAAUAAAUUGGUCCCGUCGAAAAUUGGUACAAAAGUGACGCAACAGAGAAGACGCUUAGCGAUGUUACAACUGUUGUACUCUUUGGUGUAGUACUUACAAAAGGCAUUUACAACAGGAAAUCUACAGGAACCAUCUAUGGGUCAAUGGAAAUCUGAGAAACAUCAAUUAAAGAAACAGUUAAGAGCAAUUUUGGCAGCACAUGGAGGAUCAACACAAUUUUAUAGAUGGUAUGAGGAACAUGGAAACAACAAUGAAAAUCUGAGAAACAUAUCAAUAAUACCGCAAGGAUAACUUAUGUGGAUCACAUGAGGAUCUGAAGCUGCUUUGAGGAGUGCAAUAACGGAACGCGGAAAGAAUGCCAAGCUGCGCCGGUUUGAUUAGAUUAAUCAGACGACGUUUCGUUCUUGCGCUCAUCUUCGCUCUGUCACUAACAUAUUGUAUCUUUUCGUUGAUUCGAAAUGAAAAGAAAACAUCAUUAAAUCUAAACAGCAAUCUUGAGGAUAUAAUGGAUCAUAUGAUGAUCAAUGAUAACAAGGAAGACUUAAUACCUGAUGAUAAUAUGUUAGAAGAAUUAAAAGCAUCUGAUAAAUGGCAGAUGGACAUACUUGAUUCUGCAGUUAAUGAUAAUACAGGAAACAUGGACAUAUUCAAUGAAAGCGAUGCUUCCAUUCAACUGUGUCGCAAUUCUAUUCAAGGAAAGGGUUUGAUAGUAGAUGAGCGUGGCUUAGUGUGUUCAAGACGUGAAGUUCUGCCAAACGGGUGUUGUAAAAUAGAGCAAAAACAGAUUGCAAAAAAAGAACAGGCAUUGUCUGUGGUUAAGAGAGAAAGAUACAGCUGUAAAACGUGCAAUCCACAAGGAUGCUGCAUGAUUUAUGAAUAUUGCGUCUCCUGUUGUCUUCACCCUGACAAACAAAUAAGAGGUCGGAAGAACAUACUAUUAGGAUUCACAAAAGCGCAAAGAAACGAGGAGAAAACGCACAUUCGCAAUUCGGAUCGCUUUCAGAUUUGUCUAGCGAUCUGUCGCACGUCAAGCUCCAGCGUGCAACACGAGAAUAUUUAUAAGGAUCCUCACGCAAAACACUGCUAUACCUCAAAUUCUCAGCGACACCAACGCAAUAUUAAUUCAUUAAAUAAUAACGGCGAGAAUCCCGCCGUCAUCGUUACUUUUUCUUUUGUGGUAGCAUUAUUUAUCCAUUUCUCUCCCGAAAUCUCGUAUCAUUCGUUGAAUGAAUCCCAUAUACCCUGUUAUGUUAACGUAAUUUCUCCUAACUGUAUGUUAACAUUACAUCAUAAUUUUGAAAUACACAUUGAGUAAUUAAAUUGUUAAACCUUUAAAA